AUGGAGGAAGAAGAACGGCGACGUAAAGCAAGCAGUCGGUUUCAGGUGGUCAAAGUAGACGAACCAGUGCCUGUGAAAAAGCUAUCACUGGUGGACCUCAUUGCACAAGCCAAUGAUUGCAGUGAAUCACAAGCACUGAAUGAAAAUCAAGAGAACUCCAGAAAUAACAUUCAAACACCAAGUUUUUACAUAUCUGAUGAGUCAUUGGCAUCAUCUAGUCGCAACUUUGGGGAAAAUGAAACUAGUAUUCUAAUACCAAAUGAAGAAGUUGAGGUUGUAACAAAAAAAAAAUCGGUAUAUGAAUCAGGUUUAUGCUCUGGAGGAGGAAUCUUCGUCUUUAUUUUUUUUAUCAUAAUGGUUAUUGGUGUAGUGUUAAUAGAGGUACUUAGGAUCCAUAGAGAGAUGCCAUUGCCAGUGAUGAAUUUUCUGUAUGUACUGCGUGCUGUUGGUAUAUUUGGCUUUGCCGGAGGAUUGACCAAUUGGAUAGCUGUUAAAAUGAUAUUUUUUCGAAUACCUGGUAUACCUGGCAGUGGCAUCAUAUCGAGACAUUUCAUUGAAAUAAGACAUUGUCUGUCGGGAAUAGUCUUAGAAAGCUUUUUUGAUAAGGAGUUUUUAUCUGAAUAUUUAAAGGAUAAAUAUGAAGAUUUUGCGGAAGCCAUUAAUUUAGAUGAAUGUUUGAAUGAGGUCAUGAAAACAGAGAAAAUGAAUGACAUUCUAAAUAAAUGUAUUGAUGAAAUUCUUACAAAGCCAGAAGGUAUUCAUGCACAGUCGUCAACAAGCAGUGAAAAAGAUUCAGUUCACAAGAAAAUCAUCCUGAAGCAGAUUUUGGAAAAAGUAUGUUUGGAUAAUCUUCCAUUGCUUGUUAAAGAUAUUAAAAGUUUAGUUGUAAGUGGCGAAAAUAUAAGACAACAGCUAGAAAUAUUAUUGAAGACUAAAGAAAAUAGAAUGACUGCAAAUCAAGUCAACAAGAUUACAAAAAAUCUAAUUGGACAUCAUCUUUCAUGGUUGAUAAUAUGGGGGAGUAUAUUUGGUGCCCUCAUUGGACUAAUAACAGAAUUAUGUACCACCGUUGUGUAG